CAUAUACUUUUUGUCCUUAUUAAUUCAUUCAUGAAAUGCAGACAAAAUGAACUCCACAUUCACAUGAAAUGCAAACCAAGUUUUCCAUCUUCCAAUCAGUUCUUAUAUAUACACUUCCUCCCUUCGAAGUUUUGUCUCCGUUUAUUAUAGCCCUUUUUUAUCCCCACCAUGGAGCUAUAACAUUAAAUAACAAAAACACACUCACAGCUCUUUAGUUUUUUAAAUUCUCCUUAUUUGGGUCACCGGAAAAUCAAGAUUCCGGUAACCAUAUAAAGAAAACAAAUCAUUUUUUUAUACAUAGAAUUUUUUCCUGUCGCCGGGAAAUAAAAAAACGGUGGUGAUAAAUGGCAAAGGGUAGAAAACUGGCCUCUAGUCGUAGUGAAAUGUUACUGGGAAGCUACAACAGCUAUACAAAUGGAAGUGUAACAGUCAACGGUUCCUCAGAACUUGGAGAAGAUGAUAUCUGGUCAGCAGUUGAUGACAUGGCCAACGGGGUUGAUCAUUCAAGGAGCGAGUGGAGUCCACGCGCCGCCGUUGAGAGUAAUAGAAGCUUCAGCGCAUACCUGAACCGCAGACAGACAGCCCCACGCGCCGACCAACAAAGCCGCAGUGGCCGCCAGGCGGGGGGCUUGUCAUUGGCCUUCGAUGAUCCGAGUACAACAGCAUCUCCUCGGAUCUUGCACCAGUUUCGCGGACCAGACGCGCCAUCCCCACGUGUGAUGCACAUGGCCACGUCAGCACCUGUGAAUGUCCCUGAUUGGUCCAAAAUAUACCGAGUCGACUCGGUCGAGUCGUUGCAUGAGAACGACUCGGAUGAUGGGGCGGACGAUGACACAGAGAUGGUUCCGCCCCAUGAAUACCUAGCGCGGAGCCGGAACUCGAACGCUCACUCGGUGUUUGAAGGCGUGGGACGUACCCUAAAGGGUCGGGACCUGAGCCGGGUUCGAGAUGCUGUGUGGAGUCAGACCGGAUUCGACGGUUGAGUUCAUCAAUGAACUAAGAAAUCGUUUUUAGAUUAAAAAGAUUAUAUAUAACUAUUAGCUGUAUUUUGGAGUAUUAAAGAGGCAAUUGAUAAUUAUUUAUUUUUGCUAGAUAAAAUUUUGGUCUUGGGCAAUUGUUCAAGUUGAAUUGAUACAAAUUCAGUGAGUCACAAUCAGCUGAUCC